AUUUAAAGGCGAAUGUUUUCUUAAGAAAUUGCAUGACUGACGGAUUUCUUAUCAAGCAAUUAUGCAGUUAGAAUCUGACACGGCUAAUCUUUUGCUCUUAACAGUUUAAACCAUAUGUCUCUAAGGGAUCCUCCGUACGAACCUCCGUCUGUCUCAGAGUUGCAGGAGUUUCUGCUGGCAGACAGGCGACCAACUGGACAUGUCAAUCAAGUCUGGCCCAACCUGUACAUAGGCAACGAAGUGGCGGCUCGUGACAAGAGUCUGCUACACAGUCUGGGCAUAACUCACAUAGUGAACGCCGCUCAUGUACCCUGCAAGCUGACCCCCGGCCCCUGCUUUCACGUGAACACUGGCCCGCGCUUCUACAGAGACAUGACAGUGGAUUAUUAUGGGGUGGAGGCUGAUGAUGCAGUGGAAUUCAUACUUAGUCCUUUUUUCUACCCAACAGCACGAUACAUCAGAGCUGCACUCUCCACGGGAGGACGUGUGUUUGUACACUGCCUGAUGGGCGUGAGCCGCUCCGCGACCUUAGUCUUGGCCUUCCUGAUGAUUGUUGAAGACCUGAAGCUGCAGGAGGCGGUCGCUUGUGUCAGGCUUCACAGAGACGUUUGUCCCAACCGAGGCUUCCUGCAGCAGCUCCGCAGCCUGGACAUGAGUCUGGAACGGGAGAGGAGGAGAAAGAGGCAGACUCGCGCACUGUGAAGAGUUACAGACAUGUGUCAUACUAUCAACUAUAGGGACAUUUCUAUUGCUUCAGAGGUUUCCUCAAUGCCUGAGAAUGAGUCUGACAAAGUCUUUUCAUUGGAGAUCAGUGAAUAAAAGAGUAAAAUCCAAAAGGGCUUUUUGAAAGCUUUGCAGAGCAGACUCAAUGUUUGCAAAUCUGUAGGAUGGAAUCAAAAGAAACGCUCUCAUCCUUUGGUGUAAUGAGGAAUGCAGCAGCCGGCAGAUAAAACAUCAAAACAGAAGAGAGAUGAUGAAGUACUUGAACAUCAAAGCUGCAGACCGUCUAGAGUCCUGCUGUGUUUUUAGCAGUUAAUUGAUGAGGCUCUGAAGAAAAAAGGUAAGUGAGACAGUUUAUACCUAAAACGAAGUCCAUAGAUCAAAAAGAGCUGCUUUUGAACCCAGGAAAACUUGUAAUUCAUUGUCCUACAAUUUCAAAAAAAUUAUUUUUAUUGAAAUGGAAAAAAACACACUUUGAUUUUAAUUGAUUCUGGCAUAUCCUGAUUUGUGCGACUAAGCCAAAACGUCCGACCUAAU